GCCGCAGUUUGAAUUUGCGGGCGGGUAGUGAAGCUUCGCCUGUAGGUCGUGUGUCAGGGAGUGCGGCCGCCUGCAGGAGACCAACCCGGCUCCCUCCCCUGGCCUUUGGGGCUUUCUGAAGAGAAGUCUGGGCGACUCUCGUCGUCGUUGUCGUCUGAGGGGACGCGCGGACCUCGGGCGGGAGAGGUUGGUCUGUUAUCCGAUCGGGCUUGUCAGUAAAGAUGGAUACGAGUUCACACGACAAGCAGCACUCUGAACUCAAGGAGUGUGUCGUGAAUAAUUCCGAAAAUGCCUCUUUUGUCUUGGGAACCGGGAAGCUUGUGACCCCUCAGAAGCGUGUAGAAGACGCGGCUCCUAAUCUUUGCACCCCCGCAACCGUUAAGUCAUCUUUGGACUUCUCCACGGUCACCGUAGAGCAGUUGGGAAUCACCCCUGAAAGCUUUGUCAAGACCCCUUCAGGAAAGUCAUCUUCCCUUCAGAAAGCCAGGCGCCGUUCUACAGUCGGUGUCCGGGGCUCUCCAGAAACAAAUUGCCUGAUCCGUUUCAUUGCUCAGCAGCGGAGCCUAAAGAAUGCAACAAGAUCUCCAUUGGCACACAAUUCCCCCCUUCAGGGUACCCCGGGACUCUAUCGACAUGCCGGUGCUUUAAAAGAGCGAAUGGCUGCUUUCCAGUCAGCUUUUCACUCCGUACAGGAAACUGAGAGGAUGGCCAGUGGUCCUGCAGUCUCAAAGGCAGUUGGAGAGUCUCAGACAUCAUAUUUGACCAAAAAAGAAGGUCUUAUUGAAUACCAGCACUCUGGGUUCCCUGUAAACUCAUCUUCAAAACGGCGGAGAAUAUCCUCCCAGAACAGCCCUGAUGACCACCUCAGCAGCGCCAAAGGGAAAGUGGCGCCCAUGCAGGUGACCAACAAUCACACCUGUGCUGUGGACACCUCUGCAGAUCUGCCUGAGAAGCCAUCCAACAUUGGUCCAGCCCAGCCUGGAUGUGUAGUUGCUCCUCUUCCAGAGCUCAUAGAGACUUCACCUGGACUUGGAGUUGCUGACUGUGUAGAGGGCACACAAUCAGUUGUUGCUGUUCCAGUUGACACACCUGCCUCACAAGUCAACUCAGACACAGCCCCUGCCAUCAGGUCACCAGAAACUCUUGUGUGUAGGGGCAGCAACCCUCCCACUAAGACCUUUGUGCUUCGGUCUGUGUUGAAGAAGCCUGGCAAGCUGUUUGCAGAGAACAUAAAGGAAUACAACCUUUGUGAUGACGGGGCUCAUCUAAUCCCAGAUCCUUCGAACUGGUGCAAGGAACAAAGAGCAGGUAGGGAAAACUGUAAAACACCAGACUUUGUGAAUCUGAAGAAGAGGAAAAGAGUUACUUUUGGAGAGGAUUUAAGCCCUGAAGUAUUUGAUGAAUCUUUACCAGCCAAUACUCCACUGUGUAAAGGAGGAACACCUGUCUGUCAAAGGAACAUCAAUGCUGCCAGUCCCCUGCAGUCUCCAGUUCAUGAGCCGUUACUUCAGCCAAAUUUUGAUGACAAUGAGGAGAAUCUCGAAAACAUAGAACCAGCUCACAUAUCAUUUGCAAUCCUGAGUCCUAGUAAAUCUUCACUCUCUGAGACUCUUCCAGGCACUGACACUUGCGGUUCUUUAAAUAACCAUGAGGAAAUAAGUCGUGUCGGUAGACCAACACGGACUUCUCACAAAAGAAAGCGGUUGAUGAGUUCUGCAGAAGAGGAUGUUUGCAACUCAUAUGCUACAGAAGUUGAGCCCAGUGAAGAGAUGAAAAUGAACAGAAGGAAAUCUCAAGAAAGAAAAUGUACAAGCAAAGCACUUCCUAGAAAGAAACAGGUUCUAAAAGGUUACAGAAAAAAGAAAAGAAGGGGGAAGAAGAGUGUUGAGAAAUGCUUAUAUGGAAAAAGAGACAUUGCAUCCAAGAAGCCACUCCUGAGCCCUAUCCCUGAGCUUCCUGAAGUCUCUGAAAUGACAGCUCUGGCUGACCGCACACAGAGGACAUGUCCAGAUGAUUUCAGCGUAAGUGGUGAGCUGGAAGAAGUAAUCUCUCUUGAAAUUCCCAUCAAAAGAGAGACACUCUUACCUCUGGAGGAAGGUUCGCCUGAGCUGGAUCCAGCCUUUGACCAGUCUUGUGUAUCUGAAUUGUGCAGCUGCUUGCUGCCGGGCACUGCUGCUUCUGAGGAAGGAACAAACCCCAACAACAGGGACACAGGCAGAAACAGUAACUCCGGAGCAGAAAGUAAGUGUCAACAUGCAGAAGAGCCAAAAAUUGACACCAAGACUGAAAGCAAUCCUGUGCCUUGUGCUUCUGUGACCCAAGAACACUUUGUGUCAGGUAGUCCAAAGCCUCUGUGUAGCCCUUGGUGCCAGGAAUUUUCCAAAGAUGAUCAAAAUACAGAAAAUCUUUGUGAGAUCCUUACGGUUUCAGAGAAUAUGGAUAUCAAGUAUGAGAAAGAGAGUACAUGCUCAGCUGUACGGGGGAAUCUGCAGUGUGACCCUUUCCCGUCUGACUCAGAAAGGGAGCGUGAUUGUUCAGAAGAUAUUCUAGUUAAAAAUCUAAAUGAAUCUACAAGCCCCAGUAAGAGUGCAGGAAGAAACCAUGCAGAGAACGGGCACAUCACAAGUGGUAGAGGAAGGAAACGAAGAUACUCUAGAAACUUUUGUGAGAGACAGAGUUCAUACCUGGAACAGAACAGUAACUCUGCAUCUUCCCACAGCGGGGAAAGCUCUUCAGAGGUUAGUGUGGGGAAUCCCCAGCUUUUUGAAGAUUUAUCUGCUGCCCUAGAGCAAAGCUUUCAGAGAGCAAGCACUCAACCCAAAGUGAGACGCAGCACAAGGCUCCAGGGAAGCUUGGAAGAUACGGGGCUUGUAUGGAUGUUGCCUCCCACUCCUCCCACGUCCCAGAAAACCAAAAGGAGGAGGACAAUUUGUGCCUUUGACAGCAGAGGAUUUGAAAGUAUCUCCUCUAGAGAAGAGACUAUAUCCUCGGAACAAAACCCAGGUGCCCUGCCAUCCAUCCCAGACAGUGAGGGCCAGGCUGUUGGUUCUUCCAAGCUACCUGGGAGGGGGAGGAGGAGGAAGAGCGUCUGUGUGUCUACACUCCCAAAUGCUGAGAGUACCACUGAGCAACCAGGCUUCAAGAGAAGAUCCUUUCUUGAGAAGGGAGAGAGCUCUCAACUGCCAUAAGGGGGCUGGGCACAGGAGAACUGGUUCUGGGACUGACAGUUUCACCUGGCAUUGGCUCUUAAGAGGAGGGAUCCCAGCUUCCUCCCUACUACUUCCAUCCCUGUUCAACUUCAGUGCAUUGCUUGUUUCUAAUAAAAAAGCAUUUGAGUUGCGAUGA